CGAAGAUCAUCAUCACCAGGUAACAAGUUUAAUAAUAGUGGCACUCUCUAUCCCUGUUGCAGCAUGUCACAAGCAGCAGCAGCAUCAUCAGCCUCAAAGUCCGGGAAGAACGCGGGGCCACCAUCGUCAACAACACCAAAGCUGCGCAGCUGCAUCGUAUGCCGCAAUCGCAAGGUCCGCUGCGACAAGCAGUCACCAUGCUCCAACUGCCGUCGCGCAAAUAUCGCUUGUGUCUUUCCACCGAUCGAUCGCCCUCCAAGAUGGGCUCGCCGACUCGAGCGUCUCUCCAGCAAUACCGCAGCAUCGAAUCAUCCCGCACCACGGGACACCGAUCCGGCCCUUGGUAAGGUCAUGGAGAGAGUGCAGAAUCUCGAGAACCUGGUCAAGAAGCUGAGGGGGCAGCUGGAACAGGCGCAUUCAGCCGGUAGCCCGCCUGGCGAUGGCUCAUCUGGAGUCAACCCUCUCGAGAGCUCUACCCAGCAGAACGAAUUGUCACCCGCCACAGAUACCAGCGGAGUGCACAAGCGGUUUGGUCGGUUGGUCCUCCAGGAUGCCCGUUGCAGCCGCUAUGUGAGCAGUGGAUUCUGGUCCCGUGUGAACGACGAGCUCGAUAGACUGAGGAUGGAUACCCGCGACCUGGCAGGGGACGAGUCCGACAGCUCAGAGGAUGAGGCAUCGUCUGCCCAGGAAUUUGAGAGAACAGCUGCAGAACGCAAUGCAUUCCUGUUUGGACACAACCUGGCUCUUCCGGCCUCCGAUGUCCGCGAGUUCCACCCUCUACCGUCGCAGAUCCCGUUUCUCCUCGAUGUAUUCUCGGAAAAUGUGAACUUCUUCCUCCGGUGCGUCCAUAUGCCGACCGUUUCGAAGAUGGUUCGCGAUUUGCGCCACAGCGGUAUGAGGCACCUCACGCCGUCCAAUGAAGCCUUGCUGUUCUCCAUCUACUACGCUGCUAUAGUCUCCAUGGAGGAGGACGAUGUGAGUUUGUGACUCAAGCCGUGCAUGAUUGAAAACCGUGUUGAUGUAUCUCCCUGGGCAGGUCAUGACGAACUUUGGCUCCCCCAAAACUGAUCUCAGUCUCCGGUAUCGUUGCGGCCUGGAGCACGCCCUGGCAAAAGCCGAUUUUCUAAAUUUUCCGGACAUGGUUCUUGUCCAGGCACUGGCUAUCUUUCUCUGUCUCACUCGCCGGCACAGCAGCCCGAGGUUUGUAUGGAUGAUGACUGGACUUGCUAUCAGGAUGGCGCAGUACCUUGGGUUGCAGCGAGAUGGUGCCCAUUUCAAACACCUGACGCCUUUCGAGAUUGAGACCCGACGGAAUAUCUGGUGGAUUCUGUGUAUGCUGGAUGUGAGAACGUCAGAGGACCAAGGGACGGAUCUGACCAUCACGAGUGGCAGCUUCGACACGAAAAUCCCAUUGAAUGUCAACGAUGCAGACAUCGAUCCCGAGUCAAAAAAGAUGCCCACGGAGCGCCGUGGGGUGACGGAUAUGUCCUUUGCACGCAUAUCUGCUAAAAUAACUGAUAUCAUGAGACAAAUGAUGACCCCUGGUGUAAGAGACGGUGUAGCAGGUCUGGAAGACCAGAGUCGUCUGCUGAACAAGAUCUACCAAAACUUCGAACAAGAAUACUUCCAGCACACAACAGAGUCGGGGAACAUUGCCUACUGGGUCGCAGUCACCCUUGCGAAGCUUGUCAUGGCCAAGAUGACGCUCAUCGUAUUUCUCCCUGUUCUCUUCUCUCCUCCAAGCGAAGAGUUCUCGGACGAAAUAAGAACCAAACUGCUGCUUUCGGCAAUCGAGGUCGCAGAGUACAACCAUGCUCUAAAUGCUGAACCGAUAUGUCGGCAAUGGCGCUGGCUUUAUCAGACGUGUACCCAUUGGCAUGCUAUUGUCUACCUCUUGAUCGAGAUCUCCCGGCGCCCCUGGUCUACUAUCGUCGAGAGGGCUUGGAUCGCCCUUCACAGCCGCUGGCUCAUUCCAGCACCGUCUCCCAUUGACAAAAACUUGCGCAUAUGGGUUCCGUUACGAAGGUUGAUGCACCAAGCCCGCAAGCAUCGUGAUGCAGAACUCAGUCGGCUACGAGCCGAUCCACAGGCCGCUACUACGCUAGACAUGGAGGACCAGAAGAUCCCCUUGCCGUCAAGCUCUGGGCUGUUUCAAACCGGGUCAAGUGGUGAUAUCUUCCGCGCGCGAUGGCACCAGCUUAUGAUCAUUCCAGAGCGACCCAAAGAAAACACAAAAACGUCUAAAAUUGCCGAUACAGAGCUUCUCGAUCAGCAGAUACAUACGGUCUUCACAGGCCAAUCGACUCUAAGCUGUGGUUCUACAUAUAGACCAGACGAUUUGAGCUCCAAUAUGCAUCCUGGUGCGAACAGGCAGCAGGCUGGUCAAACGAUAGAAGGUACCUGUGAAUUGAGUUUGGACCAAUCCUUUGGUUCAUGGCCAUCCAUGGUGCUUGUGGACGGGGCAGAUGGAGCCACCAUGGAACCUGGAUCUGUGCCUCUGCUAUGGAAUGAUGCCGAGAACUCCAUUGGUGUGUUUCCCGACUUGGAUCUGGGUUCCAUUGACGUUAAUAUGGACUUGGAUGGGGAGGUGAAUUGGUACGAUUGGAUUGAGUCUGCCAAGGGGAUAGAUUGAUGGGGCAUAAGACUAGCUCUUGUUAGAUAUCCUGUUGAGUCUAUGCGAAAUUUCCUCUACAUUAGAAUUCUCUACAUUGGUGUAUGCUAUUAUCAGCAGUCCUAAUUAUUCUCGGAGUAAGACACAGUGUAG